AGAAUUGAUGAGAAAUAUCUUUUAUCUUUUCUAAUUGGUUUAUGAUCCUUGUUCAUUAAUCCAUCUUUCAGUAUAUAAAGCAUCUGAUUUUACGAAUGGGAUCUUUUCUUGGUCGACCUGCUACACCUACAGUCAUGGAUGAAGGAAUCAAAAUUAUGGUUGAUUCAACCAUCAGUAAAUCUAAAGUUGUUGUGUUCAGUAAAACUUACUGUCCCUACUGUAAACGAGCAAAGGCCCUUAUAACCAAGUUUCCAAUUAAACCUGAUCAAUUGGAGAUCAUUGAAAUCGAAAAAAGGCCUGAUUGUUCAAGUAUUCAAGCUUACCUGAAGGAAAUCACCGGAGCUAGUACUGUUCCGAGAAUUUUUAUUGACGGAAAAUGCAUUGGAGGUUGUGAUGAUGCCAUUGCACUUGAUAAUAGUGGUGAACUUGAGAAAUUAUUAUCAUCAUGUGGAGCCUUGCAAUCCCAAUAAAACAAUUUGAUUCACCGGCACAGGAAUAGUUUCAUUUUAAUUUUCUUAUCGGAAGCAACCUACAAUUGUACUCGGGAUCUACUCUACAAUACAUUACAAUUACAGUUUUUAACCCAGUUCAAUGGAGAGUCGAACUUUCCUCUCGUUGAAGCCAAUAAUAAGCAGCUACAAUUGGUACUUUGUUUUUGUUAACUUGUCGACACAAUUUGUUAUUGCUUCAUUCUUGAUUAACAACAAACCCAAUCUAACCUAUCAAUAAUUUUUCAACUUUCAGCAAAAUUGAAAAUGCUUUCAUUCAUGUAUCAUUAUUUGAAUUAAAAGCAAUUGUCAAAGAAUUUA